AUGUUUGGGCCCUACACUAAUAACACUGAAAAUAAAGAGCUCUACGCUACAUUCGUUCCCAAGAUCGAGGCGUACAGGGCAAAGUUGCAAGCUGGUAUUCUUGAGGAAUACAAGCUGAGUGACCAGAUCAUUCCUCAAGAGACCGGGGUAGACGUCACUGGGAUUCCGGAAAAAAUACUCACAGAGGAACAACUGGCAAUAGUCAACACUCCUGGCUACGAACUGGUCAAGAAGAUUGCUUCCGGCGAGCUGACGGCCGUCAAAGUCUUCAAGGCCUAUGCCAAAACGGCUACCGCGGCGCACCAGGUCACCAACUGCGCCAUGGAGCUGUUUCUAGACGAGGGACUCAAGAGAGCGGAAGAACUGGACACUUACUACAAAAAGACAGGACAAACAGUCGGCCCUCUGCAUGGCCUGCCGGUGUCCCUAAAAGAGCACUACAAUUACAAAGGAAAGGUCACUCACGGAGCCUGUGUCUCUAAGAUUGAGAAUGUCACAGAUAACUGGUGUCUGACAGUCGAGGUUCUGCUUGAGGCCGGUGCUGUCUUCUACAUUCGAACCACCGAGCCUCAGACACUAAUGCAUCUCUGCUCCAACAACAAUAUCACCGGGCUGUGCAGAAAUCCCAACAACACGGCUCUGACCACUGGCGGGUCCAGUUCCGGCGAAGGCGCUCUCGUUGCCAUGCGCGGGUCUGUGUUUGGUCUCGGCUCGGACAUUGGCGGCUCUAUUCGGUGUCCAGCAGCGUUCUGCGGAGUGUUUGGUCUCAGACCAACUCAGAAAAGAUUGUCCAUGAAAAACGUGACUUUCUGCGGCACCGGAGUUGGCGAGGGUGUUGUUUGCGUUUUGGGGCCCCUUGCAAGAAGCGCACAGGACAUUGAUCUUUUUAUGAAAGCCUCGUUGGAUGGGAAGCCGUGGCAGAGAGACGCCACGAUCCUGCCACUGCCGUGGAGAGAUGUUCCCGUGCCUGCUGCAAAAGAUCUGAAGGUGGCCAUUAUGUACGACGACGGCGUUGUCAAGCCCACGCCGCCAAUCAUCAGGGGACUCAAACACGCGGCCGAAAAGUUAGAGGCAGCAGGAGUCAAAGUGGUCGAAUGGGACCCAUUUGGAGUGCUUGAGCUGGCCGAGAUUUGUGGCUCUUUUUACAACGCCGAUGGCAACAAAGCACAGAAGGCCGGUCAGGCUGCCUCUGGCGAGCCCACAUGCGAGCUGUCCAAGAUCGCUCUCUCGUUUGGCUGCGGAGACAAAGGAUUGUCUGCGGCCGAGGAGCACAUUGGCCAGGGUAUCCGGGACAAAUAUAGAAACGAGUAUCAGGACAAAAUGGCCGAACUUGGUGCAGACUUUAUUUUGUCACCAACUUACGUUUCCGUUGCAACCAAGCCGGAAAAAAUUCACUAUUGGGGCUACACCAGCCUGUGGAACGUGCUGGACUUCCCAAAUGUGGUGUUUCCUACGGGGCUUAGGUGCGACUCAGCUUUGGAUGCCCCAGAUACAUCCUAUAAGCCAAGAAGCGAGCUAGAGGCGUACGAGUACGGUCUGUAUGAUAACGCUGAAGACUUCAAGGGUGCACCGAUCUCCUUGCAGCUGACGGGCAGAAGAUGGCUCGACGAGGAGCUCGUGAAGGCUGCCCAGAUAGUUCACGAGAUCGUUGCAGUCUGA